CCCGCCCUGGAUUUGUUCUUCCCGAAACCCUUUCUGGAUUUGCAUUGCUUUUGAUUCUGGAUUUCCAGUUUCCCUUUCAGAAUCGUAGAGUCCUAUUUUAUUGGUUGGAUUACAAGGAAAGGAAACAAUUCAUUUGAAUUGAAUGCCAAGUUAAAGUAAAAGAGAGGAGCCAAGGAGGCGUGGUAAUGGCGUGUAAGCCUACCACCACAGAAAUCCCUGAUAACUUCCUGCUUCUGUGCCUUCUUCUACAUCUUCGUGUUGAAGAGCCCUGACCUAACCGAAUCUGUCACUAGAGUAUGGACAUUGCCGCCCUUUUGACUUCGGCGGGAAUCAACAUAGCUUUGUGUGUGGUGCUUUUCACACUCUACUCUGUACUGAGAAAACAGCCCAGCAAUAGGAUUGUGUACUUUGGUCGGAGGCUCGCGUCGGUGCAGUUGAGAAGCAAUAAUGAUGAUCCUUUCUCCUUGGAGAGAUUUGUUCCGUCUACUAGUUGGUUGAUUAAAGCUUGGGAAGCAACUGAAGACGAAAUUUUGGCCGUUGGUGGGUUGGAUGGUGUUGUUUUCCAGAGAAUUCUUGUAUUCAGUAUCCGGAUUUUCUCGAUUGCUGCUGUCAUUUGCAUGUUUCUAGUUCUUCCAGUGAAUUACUACGGAAAAGAAAGGCAACAUAAGCGGCUUGGCGCAGAAUCAUUGGAUGUUUUCACAAUUGGGAAUGUACAGGAAGGUUCAGUAUGGCUUUGGGCUCAUUGCCUUGCAUUGUACACAAUAUCCUGCUCAACCUGCGCCCUUCUUUACUUCUUCAUCAUUGCUACUUUUUCCAGGAAUAUAAGAGCAUCACCAAGAUGAGGCUGGCACACUUAAAAGGAUCUCAGACAAACUCUAGCCAUUUUACUGUGCUGGUUCGAUCAAUUCCAUUUGUUCCAGGAGAAUCAUACAGUGAUACACUUAAAAAAUUCUUCACCACAUACUAUCCAUCAAACUACUUGACUCACCAAAUGGUACACCACUCUGGUGUUGUUCAGAAAUUGAUGGAUGAGGCAGAGAGGAUGUGCAAGAUGCUUAGUGCUGUUUCAUCAGACGGAGGAAGUUUAAGGCCAUUUUGUUUUUGUACUUCAAGUACACUUUCCUUUCACAUUCUCUCUGACCAACCAGAAAGUGUUGACCAACCAGAAAGUGUUGAUGGGAGCAUCAGAUAUUCUGAUUUUGAAGUUGCUCCACCAGAUAAUGAGUGUCCUGUUGCUUUUGUCUUCUUCAAAACUCGUUUUUCUGCUGUUGUCGCCACACAGAUGCUUCAGUCUACGAAUCCUAUGUUGUGGGUGACAGAACAAGCCCCUGAACCUCUUGAUGUCUUAUGGUCAAGCUUGUCUAUCCCGUAUAAGCAGCUCUGGCUUCGAAAGAUAGCUACACUUCUGGCUGCUAUAGUGUUCAUGUUUCUGUUCCUUGUUCCAGUGACAUUUGUUCAAGGCUUGACUCAACUGGAUAAGCUAUCAAAGACUUUCCCUUUCCUGAGAGGGCUUUUGAAAAAGAACUAUAUAAAUCAUGUGGUGACAGGUUACUUGCCUAGUGUGAUUUUGAUGCUAUUUCUGUAUACCGUGCCACCAGCAAUGAUGCUAUUCUCGUCUAUAGAGGCACCUGUCUCCCGUAGUGGACGGAAAAAGAGUGCAUGCUUGAAAGUCUUGUACUUCACCAUCUGGAACGUGUUCUUUGUCAAUGUUCUCUCAGGGUCCGUUAUUAGUCAAAUAAAUGUCUUCUCCAGUGUAAGAGACAUACCUCUGGAACUUGCCAAAGCUAUACCCACUCAGGCAAGCUUUUUCAUGACCUACGUUUUCACAUCAGGCUGGACAGCUCUGGCUUGUGAACUAAUGCAGCUCUUCACAUUUGUCUGCAACCUGAUCAAGAAGUUCAUCCUCAGAAACCACGAAGAUGCACAUGAUUGGCUUAUGUCCUUCCCGUACUAUACAGAAGUCCCAAGAGUUCUCUUAUUCGUACUCAUCGGCUUCACCUGUUCGAUCAUGGCACCUUUAAUACUUCCAUUUCUGCUGAUUUACUUCUUCAUGGCUUACCUCAUAUACAGAAACCAGAUGCUCAACGUGUAUAUAAAAAAAUACGACAGUGGUGGAUUGUUGUGGCCUGUCGUACACAAUACGACGGUGUUUUCGUUGGUGUUGACCCAGAUUAUAGCUCUUGGGGUUUUCGGGAUCAAAGACUCUCCAGUUGCAUCCGGCUUUACUAUCCCCCUCGUUGUUUGCACACUUUUGUUCAGUGAAUAUUGCAGGCAGCGGUUUCUGCCUAUUUUUAAGAAAGCUUCUGCCCAGGUUCUGAUAGACAUGGAUAGAGAAGAUGAGAAUGGCGAUAGAUUCGAAGAGAUUUACGAUCGGUUACGUACAGCUUAUUGUCAGAUCCAAUUAACUUCACAUGAACUUAGACCGGGACGAGCAGGAACACGGGUAACUGAUGCGACGGAGGAUAUUCCGGGUUCUGGGGGUCCAAAAACAGGUUCGUUUCUCCGAGGAGUUAUACAAUGGGCUCGGUUUAUGUGUCCCUUGAGACGGGCAGAGUCGUAACCCCAUGGCUUUUGGCUCUGUGGCUGUGUGAAGACGAGCAGCAGGGUAAGUAAAGCUAGGGCUGUCUGCAAUUUUGAAGAUAGCUAUGGUCCUAUGCCUUAGUGGUGGAGUCUUUUUUGUUUUUCUUUCUAUUUUUGUGUACAUAAACUUCUCUCGAUUGUUUUCUGUUACUCCACAUUGGGGAAGAAUUGCCACAUCUGACACCGUGAUCAGGUAGCAAUGUUGGAGUAGCAGUGGUGAGGGGUUUUCUUUGUACAGGGGGCAGAGGUGAUUGGGAACUUGGGCAAGUGUAAGUUGAAAGUUUUAUAUCAAUAUAGAAAGGCCUCAGAAAUGAAGUGCUACAGACAGACAAAUUAAUCUAGCUGUUGUUGCUGAAACGCUUUCUAUGAAAUGACAAACCAAUUGAAAGGUUGAGCAACCAACGUUUCUAAUAAAAUGUUGAAGACGCUGAUGUGUGUGUGACCACGGUGGAGCUACGAUGCCUGUCGGGCCGUA